AUGGGCGGUGUGAGUGACUUGAGUGUUAUUGAAGAGAGUGAACAACUCAAAUCGAAUGGAGACAGUUUUAAUGGCCAAUUACGAGAGAAACAUCAACGUAGCGAUGAGCAAUCAAGUGAUCAUCCAGCACGAAGUUUAAGUCCUGAUCAAUACGCCGAUGUCGAUGGAAUUGGUCGUCGAACAAGAAGUCUUAGCGCAGUCCAAAUUCAAGGAAAUAGUUUAAAUAAUAUCAACGAUGAGUACCCUAAUAAAAUGCCGCGACGUAGCAGUUUAGCCAGUGGAAAUAGAUCACGAAUGCAAAAGCAUGUCUCCUUUAGUUCAUCCAGUGAUGAAAAAGCCAUUGCCAGCGCUGGCGAUUGUAUAAGAGCAAUGCAAGCUGGCACCGAUAUGAUUAAAAUUCGUUCAGUAACGCGACAUUACAAGCGUACUUUUGUACUGGAUCAAGAAAUGUCAUCAUUAACUUGGAAACCGAGUACCAAGAAAGCUGAAAAAGCAUUUAUAAAAAUUUCCGAUAUUCGAGAAGUUUUCAAGGGUCAGACGACAGAUAUAUUUCGUCAGUUAGUCAAGGAGGACUAUAGCGAAGAUUGCUCCUUUUCAAUUAUCUAUGGAGAUAAGUAUGAAUCGUUAGAUUUAGUGGCUAGCAGUCCAGAUGAGGCCAAUGUGUGGAUAACUGGUUUGAGAUGCCUUAUUAGUAAUCGUAAAAGAUCUGGUAAGUAUCUUAUCUUAGCUAUCUUAACUAAGAAAUCUUGCAUAGCAGAAUCUCGAAGCCUUCUUGUAUUUAUUUUUCCCGUUCGUGGGUCCGGCUUUCUGAUGGAGGAACAGGUUAUGGGUCUUGUUAAACAAAUGUCACCUCAUAUCAAUCUAGAACAAAUUCUUUCGAAACAUAAGGUAAGAAUAAAAAAAUUUCUCGCAGCCGAUGGUACCAUGAACAGAGCACAAUUUUUAAAUUUUUUUAAAGAGAUAACUACUAGACCUGAAGUGUAUUUUAUCUUGGUUCGAUACGCUAAUAUUGGAGAUUUCUUGACCGUUGAUGAUCUAAUGGCAUUUCUAGAAUCAGAACAGGGGGUUUCAAAAUUAAGCAAAGAAGAUUGUUUAGGAUUGGUAAAGAAGUAUGAACCAACACGUAGAGGGCGACGUGAGGGUUUUCUUGGUAUAGAUGGCUUCAUAAAGUAUUUAUUGGAACAAGAAUUAUUUGACUCGAAACAUUUAAACGUUUGUGAAGAUAUGGACCAACCAUUGUCUCAUUAUUUUAUUGCCUCUUCGCAUAAUACAGAUCUAUUGGAAGACCAGUUAACUGGCCCUUCAAGCGUUGAGGCCUAUAAAAGUGCCCUUUUGUCUGGAUGUCGUUGCGUUGAAAUGGAUUGCUGGGAUGGUCCUAAUAAUGAACCUGUAAUAUACCAUGGGCAGUCAUUAACAACAAAGAUUACGUUCAAGUCUGUGAUACAGGCUAUUAAUGAAUACGCUUUUGUCGCAUCCGAGUAUCCGGUAAUACUAUGGAUUCAAAAUCACUGCUCUACGAAGCAGCAACGUAUAAUUGCCCAUUAUUUAAAAGAAAUCUUAGGCGAUAAGCUAUGCAAUCAUUUUAUCAACGAAAAUCAAAAAUUACUGACUUCACCUAGGCGUUUACGAAGAAAGAUUAUUCUGAAGGGCAAAAAAUUACCAGUUGAUUGUAAAGAGAUGGAAGGAUUCGUAUCUGAUGAAGAAUGUUCGGGCCAUGCCCCAGAAAAUGGUGAAAAGAAGAAAGCUAAAAAGGAUAACGCUAAUCAAAACAAGAAGCAGGUGAAAUUGAUUAAGCAAUUAUCGGACUUAAUCAAUCUUAAGUGUAUUACAUUCAAUGGCUUUCAGGAAGCUAAAGAAAAUAACAGAAAUUAUUAUGAAACUUCAUCAUUUGAAGAAGUAUCGGCAUUGAAGCUUAAUCAAGCGUCUCCGGAUGAAUUUGUUAAUUUUAAUAAGAAUUACUUGAGCAGGAUUUAUCCAGCUACUAAACGCGUCGACUCUAGCAAUUACAAUCCGCAAGAUUUAUGGAAUUGCGGUUGCCAAUUAGUGGCCAUGAAUUAUCAAACACGCGGAGAAAUGAUGGACCUUCAUACUGGAAAAUUUACUGAAAAUGGUGGCUGUGGAUACGUUCUGAAGCCGCCAGCUUUACGUGAAGAUUAUUCUUAUUUUAAUCCAUCAAGUAAGGAAUCUAUUCCAGGAGUGGAUCCACAAAUUUUACAUAUUAGGAUCAUUAGUGGCCAAAAUUUACCAAAGCCACGAGGAUCAGGUUCGAAAGUCAAUGCAGUAGAUCCCUAUGUAAUUUUACAAAUCAAUGGAAUCCCGAUUGAUUGUGCGGAAGAGCGUAGUAAGACAAUUGCAAAUAACGGAUUUAACCCGGUAUUUGAUGAAUCGUAUGAAUUCCUGAUUAACUUACCCGAAUUGGCCAUCUUGAGAUUUUUGGUAAAAGACGAUGAGCAUAUUGGUGAUGACUUUAUUGGGCAAUAUUCGAUUCCAUUAACUUGUGUAAAAUUAGGUUAUCGACAUUUAAAAUUGUACGACGAUACUGGUGAACUGAUACCGCUGGCUACCUUAUUCAUACAUGUCGCAAUGACUGGCAAACGAGCCUUCGGGUCGUACAAACGUGGUAUGUCCAUAAAGAAACUUAAAAAAACUAGAGAGUAUGCACAACUAAAGACGGUCGGAAUUAAGUCUAUUGAUGAGAUAUUCAAGGAAGCUGUAAAGCCAUUGCGAACUAGUACUGAUCUCAGAGAUAAUGUACAAAUUGCAAUAGCUCAAUUCAAGGAAAUAUGUGGCUUAGCACCUUCUUCUAAUAUUAAACAAUGUAUAAAGUAUUUAACAUCAAGAUUGACAGGUUCUUCACAAACAUUCUCGCUGUCCAUAACAUCCAAUGAGGGGUAUCCCCAUUUAGAAGCUAUUGGAGGUGUUCCUGAAGGAUAUAAAAAAUCUAUUUCAACCUUCCAAUCGGUAAUACCUCAUUGA